CUCCGCUUCAUUUAUUUUAUUUUAUUUUUUUUACUUGAUUGAUACGUUACUGCUAUGCCCAAAAAGAGUUUUAUCGAUCGCAAAACUGCCAAACAUUUCCAUGUUGUCCAUCGAUCUCAAAAGGAUCCUUUGAUCAAUGAUUCUGAAGCCUCUGCACGAGUAUUACAAGAAGUCGUACCUCCCAAUUUACUCAAACACAAAACACCCGAAGAAUUGAAAAAGAUCAAUGCUAAACCUACAAAGAUGACUCAAGAUGAAAUCGAUCAACGAGUCGGACAAGCUGCUUUAUAUGGUGUAUAUUUUGAUGAUGCCGAAUACGAUUAUAUGCAACAUAUGAAGCCUAUUGGAGCUGUCGAUGCUGUCUUUUUGGAAGCUCCUGGUACUCGCAAAGAAAAAUCCAAAAAAGGUGGUGAUGGAUUAUUGCUACGAGAGGAUGUGGAGGAAAAAGCUGAUAUCUUUGAAAAGGUGAACGACAAGAAGAAUCCCAAUUUGUUCGAAAUGCCUUCUGGUGUUCUUCCAUCAAAUGUUGAAUUGGAGAAAGGUGUGAUGAAUCAACCCACUGGUUUGGAAGGCGGCUUACAACCUGAUAUGGAUCCCCGGUUACGUGAAGUACUUGAAGCUUUGGAAGAUGAGGAAUAUGUGGAAGAUGAUUUGGAUAACUUUUUUGAUGACCUCAAUGACGAGACUUUGGAACCUUAUGAUCCUGAUGAAGAAGAAUAUGAAGAUUAUUCUGAUGAAGAAUAUGAAGAUUAUGAAGAGGAUGGUCCAGUAGAUCCUGAAAAUUAUGAUUGGCAAGCGGCAUUCAACAAAUUCAAGCGAAACCAAACACGAGCGGGAUCUGAUGAUGAAUUUGAUGAUAUCGAUGAUAGACAAUCCAAAGGCACUGGCUUCUCUAUAUCCUCUUCAGCUAUGCAUCGUACAACUCAGCUACGAACUUUAGAUGAUCGAUUCGAUAGGAUUGAAGAAGAAUAUAUGCAAGACGAUGACGAUGACGAUGAAUACUACGAUGGUGAUGUGAUGGAAGAACGUGAAGAUUUUGAUGCUAUCUUGGAUGACUUUUUGGAGAAAUAUGAAGUAGUGGGAAAUAAAUUGGCACCUCGAUUGGAAGGUGAUGAUUCGGCACAGAAAUUGGAUGCUAUUCGUGGCGCAUUUGAUACCCUACAUAUCUUGGAGGAAGAAGAAAAACGAGAACAACAACAUCAAGAACGAAAAGAACGUGGAACAUCGAAAACACGGGAACCAGCUGAACUAUGGGCUAGACCUGAACAACGCAAACGUCAAACAUGGGACUGUCAGAGUGUAAUAUCAACCUAUUCAAACUUGGAAAACCAUCCUCAACUGAUCUCUGAUCGUGGACCUAAGAAGAAGAUCUCUAUUGAUCCCAAGACUGGUAUGCCCAUAUUGGUAGAAGAUGAUCGCAGGAAACAAAAAAUCAAGAAUAGACAUCAUUAUACCCAGUCGGAUGAAGAAGAUCUUCUGGAAGAAGAAGAAGAUGAAGAAGAAGAAGAAAGAGUCAAUUUGGGUGAACGACGUUCCAAAGCGGAAACCAAGGAAGAAAAGAAACAACGCAAACAAGCUAUCAAGGAUGCGAAAAAGGUAAAAUAAUACUAAUAAGAAAUAAUACGAAACAAAAUAAAUAUACAUUUAUAUCUUUAUAUAGAAUCGUCGUGAAGAAAAGAAAUCAACCAAGGCAGCCUUCAAGAAUGAAGAAAAUAAACAACGACAAACUCUUACUCAACAACGAAAAGCAAAAGGUGUCCAGCAUAUUAUGUAGUUUAUUCAUUAUUUAUUUAUUUAUUUAUUUAUUCAUCAUGCAUAUAUCUUUUUUUUUUCUCACAUUUCCCCAUUCAUAGUGUAUAGUUUCCCCUCUUUUUUUUCCAUGACAUUCUUACCCUUAGAACAUCAUCUACA